AUGUCCACCCCUUCACUCUUUCGAGCUUUACAAAUCUCAAACGUGGUUUCUUUCCUUCUUGCAACUUCUGUAAACAUUUGGGGUCUCACAAGGUCGCCAAUCAAUAUUGUGGACAUAUUUGAUCAAUACCCAACCUUCUUUACGCCUGCAAAGACAUUUGUAGGAAUAUUCUGGGUUAUCUGGUUUUUGUCGUUUGUUACGUUUGUGUUUUAUGCACAAUGGAUCGAGGAAGUGACUAUAAUGGAAGUUGUCGAGAAAGGCGUUGGAUGGUUAUUUGUGAUGAGUAAUUUGUUUUUGUGUGGAUGGGUUUGGUUUUGGAUAAAGCAAGAUUUCAGCGCUUCAGAGAUGUUCAUUCUCCUAAAUAUAAUAACUCUAUUCAUAAUUCAUCGACGUUUGGUUGAUCUCUAUCCACUAUAUUCCCUUUCAGAACCAAUCGCAGAGCACAUAGUUCUCAACAUCCAUACUCCAUUCUCGAUGUACUUUGCAUUUUCAGUGUUUGGUUUAUUGUAUAAUGGAUUUGUUGCCUUCACUGAUAUGGACGUGAAAUACGCGACCUGGGCUUUAGUGGCUGUGUGGUUAUACGGCUCGUUAGGAUUUUUGUGGAUUGUAGGUGGCUUCUGCAGUGGAAAGAGAGAUGGAAUAUUCGGGUUUACUGUUGCCUGGUAA